AUGGAUCCCACGUCAGAGUACAUAGACUACAGGCUGUCGGCUUCGCAGCGAAGAGCGAGCCAGGCCGGUCGUACUCCACCCAGGACGCCUACGACCGCGACUCCAUCACCCCGCCUGAGUCGGUCUGGCAAAUCAGCAGACACGAGUCCAGGUAGCUCGACAAGGACAGAGCCAGCAAGACAGUCGAGUAGAUCGCCGGAGAAUCUAAAGCGGCCUCCGCAACCGACUCGAGAUCUGUCGAGUUCAUCGAGCAGCUCGUCGCCUUCAGUGAAUUAUGCCUCUGCUGCUGAGCAGAGCGAUACCCAAUCCUCGCCUGUGUCGGCAGAGACGAGGAACAAGCCGCGUCUCUCGGGAAAUGGUGUACGGAGUGAAGCAAACACAAGUACGUCAUCUAUGACAACAUCGCCUUCACAAGCGACCGUCAGAGCAGCAGAACGGCGUAUGUCAUCUGCCAGUCGGUCUCAACCUAGCGUCUCCGAUCACAAUGGAGUAUCAAGCACGCCAAGUCCGUCGCAGUCGCGUCAGAGGCAAAGAGCUUCCUUGACUUCAGAUCCAAUGAGCUUGUUUCGUGCGCGCUCACCUAGUACCACCGAACGCGAUCAGUCCAGAGAGAGCAGCAUCGCUUCUCGGCAUGUUCGACCACCCAUGCCUGCUCAAAAGACUUCAUCGGACAAUGUCGCGAGGACUGUUCAGAGGAGAACUUCAGUCGAGACCAUGAAUAUCUCCCUGGCGCCCCAGACUGGGCCCACACCGGCACAUACAUCUACUGUAGGCUCGGACAUGCCCCGGUCACGACAAGUGCCCAUCAUGACUUCCACUCCUAUGCAUACCCGUCAGUCUAGUAAUGCACAUGCUACCUUGCCGCCAGAUGAACGGCUGCCUGUCGAGACAACCUCAGACGUCGAUCGUCUGUUCGGUACGACCUCAGCAUUCGACAAAGUCCUCCAGUCAGACCAAGUCAUCCACAGAUCCAGUCACGAACAGCUCUCACCAACAGCUGGCGCGCCUGCGAGCCUCAGCGGGCCGGCUCCAAUAGAGGACAGCCCAGCUGCUAGCAAACGCACAAUGAAGCCCACAUCGCUCCUGCUCGCUGCUGCGAGUCGCAAAAAGCAGCAACGAGCAAGCGCGAUGAAUGGCCCUCCGCCGCUCGUACUAGGCUCGGCCUUUGUCAACAUCGCACCGAGAGGAUCCAGGUCGGCAGGAGGUCAGCCGGACUUCGAGUCCAUGCUGGCUUCUGACAACACCAUCAAGCUCAACGAGAGGUCGUCGCUUGAGGGUCGCUUGACCGGCCAAGCAUCAGUUGCAGACCUACGAUCGGUUUCCAACCCGGAGACUGCUGCUCUCAAGCCUACGAUAUCGCGCGAGUCAGCUGCCAGAUCGCCUUCUGGUCAAUCAGCACCUGCUUCGGCUGUGCAACGGGUAACUUCGAAUGGCGAGACAUUUGUAGACGCAAGUCCAUUUCCUGCGACGACCGACGAGCUUCAGACGCCCAUCACGCCUAGCGGACGAGCGCCUACAAUUCAGUCGCUCUCCUCUAGAUCGCAAACAUUCUCCAGCACGAUGAGGAAGACAUCUGGCUUCUUUCGCAAGGCACUCUCGAGCUUCAGCGCACCGACAACAACGCCCGGUCGAAGUGCAGGCAUUAGUUCUGCGGACAUGGACAUCUACGCGCCCACAAGCAGCGCUGAUCUCCCACCUAUCGCUCCACCGGUACCUGCAAUGCCGGCGCGAUAUAAGGACGAAGCUUUGCCUCCUCUACCAGCAUUGACCGACGCGCCUAACGCGCCGCCUGCUCUGCCUUCCUCUGCAGCUGCGGGUUCAGCAUCGACGCCUGCGCUUGUCUCACUGCCCAUCGCUGCCGCUAUGCAGAGGACUCUGUCGAGUUCCAGUGCAGCAUCGGAGAUUGUCGGACCUGCGCCUGCAUACAAAGGUAGUCCAAAGUCUUCCGAUGUCGCUCGUUUGCGAUCUACCUCGAAUCACGGCAAGACAGUGAUACCGCCGCUGCCACAACGACUGUCAUCUGCCGAAACUUCGCCACAGAUGCCUUCGAAAGAACUGCGGCGUCGCUCACUCGGCCUGCCUUCUGAGUCAUCUUCGCCUGCGCAAACCACGAUUCCCACGGAAUCUCUCGCACUAGGCUCCGCAUUCGUGCAGCAGCAGCUUACCUCGCGUCGGCAUCGCCGGCAUAGCUCCAAUGCUUCUCUCACUGCGCAAGACCUUGAUAGGCUCCCCAAUUCUUCUACAUCGUCCAACAGAUCGACCAUUAUCUCCAGCUUAGCACGAGGAACAGCAUCGCCUACUUUGCCUCCUCGCUCCGCAUCACUGACCGGAUCUACUUCACUGACAAGCUCAACACCCACGAAGAGCAAUCGCCGUUCCCUCAAUAGCAUCAUUGACGGCGAGUUACUGCCGCCUCUGGGCUUCGAAGACGCGCAUGAAACACCCAUGCCUACAGCUCAGUCGACAACUGCAGGCAGUAUCAAUGUUCCCAAGGGGCUCGCUCUCAACGUUGAUACCUCGGGCGAAUUGCCACCGGUGUCGGAGAGCUCGAGAUUGUCUGCUUUGCUCGCUGCAGCAUCGGCCGAGGCGCGGCAGACCAGAUUGAGCGGUGGCUCGGCCACUCUGCCCUCGCCAAUACUUCCGCGCGAGCUGUCAUCGGUGCCAGAUUGGGCAGAGGGACAUGCGCCAGAAGAGCUGGCGCUCAAAUUCUGGAAUAACGAAGAGGGAUUCCUCAGACCACAAGAGCGAGCAGAAUGGCUCGGUUCAUUACCCUCACUGAAUCAGCGCACUUUGCUGGCCUACAUCGGUCUCUUCGACUUUGCCGGCCUACGCAUUGACGCUGCCUUCAGACUUCUCUGUGAUCGCCUGUAUCUCAAAGGCGAGACGCAGCAAAUUGAUCGCAUCCUGGCAGCUUUCAGUGCUCGAUAUCACGAGCAGAAUUUGUCAGGUCUGUUGCAUAGCGUCGACUUGAUACAUGCUGUCGUCUAUUCUAUCUUGCUGCUCAACACUGACCUUCAUGUGGUCGAGUCGACUACACGCAUGUCACGGAACCAGUUCGUGCGCAAUACAAUGUCGGCUAUCUACGAGCAGCCAGAAGCGCAAAGGACCGUGGAUGCCAUGGGCGAUGCUCGCAAGAAUGCCAUCGAUAAAUGGACAGCUUCGCUCGCGCAAACCGAUGGCACAAUGCAUCGCAGCUCAUCAGCCUCGAGCGCUCUCAGCGGAGGUCAGGAUAGUGUGCUCGAUGCCGAUCCAGCAGAUCAAAGCAUGUCCUCUGCAAAGUCAAACUUACAACCUGCUGCACUGCGUCGAGGCUCUACUGACGAUGCAAGCAACAGACAAGAGGUUGAGCCUUUCACCAAAGCCUGGGACGUUCACAUGGAGUCACUGCUGCGUGACUUGUUCCAAUCGAUCCGCAGCAAGCCCGUGUAUCAGAACAGCGCGCAUGCAGACGAUGCGAGCAGCAUGUCUUCGAGGCCCGGUUCCACACUCAGCCCAACUCCGACACAUACAACUUGGUCAGGAGUGACUCGUGUGCCGAGCAAAAGCAGCCACGCAGCAUCUAUCUCUGGCUCGGAACGUAAUGUGCGAUCGAACUACAAGCGAACGAGCAUGCGUGGACUGCUACUAGCCGAGCAUGGCAAGCAUAACAGCAGCUCAGCGGGCAGCGCCAUGGGCUCAGCAAGCGAUCGUGACUCUAUCAUGUCUGGCAAUGCCUCGAUGAUCAACGCCAUGGGGCAGCAUCAGAUGCCUAAUCUUGGCUUUGCCAGCAGUCUGUCCAACACGAUCAUCCGCGAGCAGCAAGAAGAUGAAGCAGACACGACUGUCAAAGAUGACACCGAGGUCACCGAGGAGGAGCUGGCUUUGAUGGGCGCACCAUGGGCAAAGGAAGGCUUGCUGCAGCGCAAGCAUUAUUGGGAGGGUCCUCAGAAGCGCGCAAAAGACAAAGCAUGGGAACAAGUCUUUAUGGUCUUGUCCCGCGGUGACCUGCGUGCAUUCAAGUUCGGACAGAGCAUGAAAGGUAUGCAAGGAUCAUAUGGGCUCGGCGGCGGCAAUUGGCUUUCCAAUGCGCAAGCUGUGGGCGAUGUCGAUCUAGCACAUUCGCUGACGAGUCCGCUGCCUGUGCCCGGCUACUCGCGAACUCGUCCAUUCGUGUUCGCGCUUACUCUGCCUAAUGGCAAUUCAUACUUCUUCCAGGCAGGUACCGCGGAUCUUGUCGCGGAAUGGGUAUCGGCCUGCAAUUACUGGGCAGCUCGUGUCAGCAAACUACCUCUUGUCGGCGGCGUAUCGAGCAUGGACUACGGCUGGAAUCAUGCCAACGAUGCCGACCACCCAGACGGAAGCUCCGUCGCUCGGGAUCGAUCGACGAGUAUACAGGAUGAUAGAAUGAGCGUUCGGAGCGGACGCUCCAAUCGGUCACGACAAGUGUCGUCCGGCGUAUCCAACACGACCAUUCAUGACCGGCUCGCUCUUGCGGAAUGGAAGCCUUAUGCUGCUCCGUUGGGCAAAACACAUCACGACGAGAUGACGCAGCGCGAGCUGCUAAAACAGCAUGUCGUCCUGCUCCAAGAGGAUCUGCAGCAACAUAACGUACUGCGCGGUCCGAUGCAGCGACUCUACUCCGCCAAAUCCGCCAAUGCUGGUCGCGCCAUGUACAACUGGGAACGUAAAUCACAAUAUCUCUUGUCUGAGAUCGUCAAAUACACGACGUAUAUCUCGUGCAUAGAAGACGCCUUACGACUUCGCAACGUUCGCCGAGACGAGAAGCUUCAUGCGGAAUUGCUUAAGAACGCCGACGAUCUCGAUGAAGAUACUUCAUUCAGCAUGGCGAGCAAGACGCCAAAGAGCUCCAAUUCAGCGACCUUCAAGGACGUCUGA